UAAUGUUAUUUCAGGUCAUAGAUAAUCAAAAAAUGGAGUUCUCUAAGUUUAAAACCACCUAUUAAGAGACCACAUGGUUGAUGUCAAUCUUGAUGAUGAAAGAGAGAAAUUCUCAUGUGACAUUGGAGAUACAGGUCCAAAAGUGAAAAAGUGUAAUGCAAGUGUCUCAGUAGUAAAGCGGGGACCUUCCGAAAUGCACAAUGCAGCACGAAGUUUAAAGCUUUCGACGGGAAUACAACUAACUAUGGAGGAAUAUGACACGGACAUGGAUAUUGACAAGGUAGCUAAAAAAGGGACCGUACAUAACAAAUAUUCUUAUUCCAUUUUUCAGUUCAAAUGUUUUAAUAAACUUUCAAAAGAACAAUUUCGAUAUACCUUAAUCAAGUGGCCAAUGUUUUUUUCACCAUUUUAGGGUGCAACCAUAUCAAUCGCAACACCCAAGAACAAAGAGACUGAAACAUCUUCUCGUGACGAGCACAAUGCAAGUUUAUAUUGCGACUAUUAUUCAUUUGAUUUUCUUUCCUUGUAUACUGACGUCAUAUAACUAAGUAUUUUCUAUUACAGGAUAUCUCAGAAAAGCAGCAGUCUA